AUGUGUAAGAAGACGGUACAAGUUGCCCCCGACUCACUGGGUAACCUCAAGAUCCAUCGGGACGGAUACGUCUCCUCCACUGUGAAAGGUGGUUUAGAGGAGCUAGGAAGGGCAGCUCCUUCACGGGCUCAGGAACGUGAGGAGCAACUUGGAAUAUUCCCCUUCUCUGGAACCCUUCCGGUCAUUGACGAAGAAGAUGAAGACCUAGCGGAUAACACCCCAUUGACUGCAAUCCUCAUCGACCUGCCGGAUUCAGAGAACAAUGACAAUGCACCUGAAGAAGCUGAGACUGACCAUGACUCCGAAUAUGGAGAAUUUCUAGAUGCUUCUCCAGAAUACGACGAAGACAACGAAAACCAGAAAGACAAUCCGGACCCUACCACCGAGAUCUCACUUGAAAACUCGAGCAGCAAUAAGUACCACACAACUGGUUCCCGAAAGAAAGCCAAUCGAUCAAACAGCUUGAUCAAUAAACUUGGAGGCGUCACUUCUCAAGAACGGCAAAGAGUAUGGGCUUGA